AUGCUUUUACCUCACUCACAACUGACUGCAGAGGGAGAGAGCAACAUGGCAAAGCUGAGCCUUUACACUGACGGCAAGAUGGAGAACAUGUGCUGGUGCUUAAAUCUGCAAAUGGUUCAAAUGCCACAAUUGGAUAAGAAUCUGAGCGAGUCGGACGAGUCCGACCAGGAGAGCAUCACUACAGAAGACGAAUGUGCCGUCGAUGGAAAUGGUCCGCCACAUAUGAAAGCGUGCUUUCUUAAACAUAACGAAUCCAAAGUGCUGAUUCAGAGUUUACACCAAAUAAACAUCUCCCAGGAAAAUAUCAAAUCAAAAAGAAGAAAUCCGGCUUGCAUGAAACCUUCCACCUCAGGUGACAUCACUAUCUACUACUAUAAGUCAUCUAUAGACAUGAGAAGAGGUGUUCCUGUGGCACUAAACAUCAGCAAUUCGAAUCAGUUCCUGAAAUGCGAAUUUCAAAACGGCAAAGCAGUUCUGAGUGUCGACUGCUGCGAAAAUAGCCUGGAUGCUAUUUAUCGCAACGAUCCAACCACAUGGCCUUUCAUCUUCUACCUUACGCACACUAAGGAUGACCUUCGUUACUUCGAAUCGGUGGAAUGCAAGGGCUGGUUCAUUCACGCAGAAGCUAACCUCGUGUGCAUGGAUGAACACAAAGAUAAAGAUCCUGAGAAAUUUUCCUUCCUCAUUUUCCGUUCGCCCAACGCUUACCCGAAGCCCAAGUGAAAGUUUCUCUCUUUCUAUCUACAGAAUCUAUUUAUCUAUCUAUCUAAUAGCAUCAUCAAAGUGCUGUUUGAACUAUCGAAAGCUGUCUGUCUGUCUGUCUGUCUGUCUGUCUGUCUGUCUGUCUGCCAGUAUAUGUAUCUAUCUUAUAGCAUCAUCAAAGUUUGUUUUGCAACUUAUCUCUUUUUUUUUUUUACUUUUUUUACUUAUUAAUAUUAUUAUUAUUAUUAUUAUUAUUUUUAUAGUGUGUAUUUAACUGCCAUUGCAGUUUUAAGUAAUAUGCAUCAUAUCGUAAUUUAUUUAAUGUUCACUAUACAGGUGUGGCCUAAAUUUUAGAGAAUGACACACAUAUGAAUUUUCACAGCAUUGAUUAUGCAAGAAUGAGCUGGUAUCAGUCAGGAUUUGGCCCAGAAGUCGAUCGCCAAGGCAAAUUGCCGACAGACAAAAAAAGGGGCAACACUGAAAAUAUUGACUCUUUGCAAAAACUUAAUGUAAUCGUCAAUAAAAUCCUUUGACACUUAGGAAAUAUUUCUAAUUAUACUUCAAUAUACCAUAGUAACAUCGGGAAAAAAAGCUCUACAUACUCUAAAGCAGCAGACUUUAGUGCCAUUCUCAAAAAAAAGUUCUCCACAGCUGUAAAUAUUGUCAUAUAUAUAUAUAUAUAUAUUGAACAUGUGUUUAUUUUCAUGUUGUUGUUUUUUCUUUGCAUUUCUUUUCCCUGUCAAAUAAUAUAUAUAUAUUAAAAAAAAGAAAAUCCACUGAAAAUUAGAAACGUUUCAAUUCGGUUUGGAGUCUAUUCCCUGGACUAUUUUGGGAAAAUGGUCGAAAUUAUGCUUUUGGCUUUAUGUAGUGAUUCUUGUCUACAGUGGAUGCUGCUAAUCAGACACUUGUGUGCUGAUCUUUUGUUUUUUUUGUUUUUUAAUAAUACAUUAAAUUCAUUGCCACCAAGCUGUUAACGUCGUCCUUGAAGCCUUCACUCCCUUUAAUCAUUUUAGUUACUAUGUCUAUAUAUUACACAUGGAAUACUUCCCUGCUCAUUGAUUGGUCAGAUUUAACAACAGUUGUGCUGAAGAUCACACAAGAUGCUGUAUUUUGUAUAACAUAUAUAAUGUUUAUGAAGCAUUUCUUUGGAAGGAGUCUCCAGUGUCAGUUUUUAAGAAAAAUGUCAUGUUUUUUUUCCCCCCAGUUCAAUUUAUGCUUGU